AUGGCACAAAUAGCACGAAAACUAGUACGAGAAUCAGCAGCGACAUUACCAAUAGUCGAACAAGCUAGCAAGAAAAAAACUCUUCCAGAGUUAUUAAGUGUGUUUCCAAGAUAUGGUGUGGGGCAAAAAGUGCUCCCUAACAAAUGGAUUCAUAAAGGGUUUCGUAAUCAUUACAUAGAAGUGACAAGAGUCCGAUUUAGGAAUGAUAGUUUGAAACUUGGGAAAGCCUGGGGACACAAAUAUUGGAAUGGUAAAUUGGUUGACGAUGGUAAAGAAUUACAGAUUCGUGGCUGGUACAAGUGGUAUUGGCUUAGAUGGCCAAUAAAAGAUGAACGUGAGGCGCAUUGUCGCGUGUGGUCUUAA